CCAAGGUAUCUUUUGAGUGUCGGGCCAAGAAACCUUUGUACAUAAGAAGUUGGCCCCGUCAUCCAACAACCAACGCAAAUUUCCUUGCCCUUUCUCCCUUUAAUAAUACUCCCUUCUCAUUCUCUACGUACUUUCCAAGUAUUCCCUCAGUUCCGGCCCUCUCCAGCGAUUAUUCACUGAAGAACCGUUAACUUCCCCGACGUCGAAUCACCGAGUUAUCUUGGCCGACCUGCGAUCUAGCCGCCUCCCCAAUGACUCCGCUCAGACUUAAACCAUAGCCAAGGGGAAGGUUCGUAACGAUUACAAAUCCCAGGUUGACGGCCGUGCCGCAGUCUUCACCAUGCCGAUCGGUGACCUCCUCGCAUCCAUUACCGGCGAAAAGCCGACGCCGUCUUCCUCCACCGUGACAAGGACAGUUCUAUCGGCUCCGAAACGCAAAGCUGAUGAAGAACUCCGUGGAACGCCGGCGAAAUCGCCACGCCCGGGCUUACCCUCUAAUGGACCGUCACGCCAAGGCAGUGACCUGUCAAAACCGGCAUCGCGGCCAGUGAACAACGGUUUCUUGACGUCCUCUUCGACUGGCAAAUCUGUGUCGGCAAACCGCCAUUCUGACAGGCCGGUUGCCUCGGCAACGAUGAAGCAUACUCGGGAGACACCGUCAAAGCAGAUGUCGGCCUCCUCCCCUGCAAACGGCAGUCGUCCAGUCCCUGUUCGCCCAUCUGCCAACCGGCCGUCACCAGUUGGGAGUGGUCCCAAGUCGGAACCGAAGAAGAGGUCUUUCGCCGAAAUCAUGGCUCGCGCAAAAGCUGCACAGACGGCUGCUCCGAAUUUAGGGAGGAUUCAACACAAGACUCUUGAUCGGGGCGUGAGCAAGAAAGACCGUGAGGAGGCUAAAGCAGAAGGGGGUAGGAAGCCAAGAACCGCCACGAGACAGGAUGCUAUUAGAGGUCGUGGAGCCAGUUCGAGUCGCUAUGGGACACCGUCGUCCCAAGACCAAGAUCGUCAGCGCCAAGGUCACGCUUCCAGUCCCGCCGGGAUGCCCCUGAAAGGCAAAGGGGGCAAGGUUGUAGCGAUCGAGGAAAAAAAGGUGAAGAAAGCCGCGAUUGCCACCACUGGCUAUACUGGUACCGCUCGUCCACGACCGGGUGCCGCAUCGUCAAAGUCAAAUGGGUCGUCGUCCAAGCCGAGUUCCGCGUCUCGGGCGCGGCCGCAGGACAGGCGGCUAUAUGGCGGGGCGCUGUCCGCAUCUCGGCGGCAGCACGAGGGUGAAGACGAUGAUAUGGACGAUUUCAUUGAGUAUGAUGAUGAGGAACCAGCCUAUGGGUACGGCGGCGGCGGCGGCUACGAGUCCCCCGAAGAAUCUGACAUGGAGGCUGGGCUCUCCGACAUUGACCAGGAAGAGCGCAGAGCGGAAUACCAUGCUCGCCGAGAGGAUCAAGAACAAGAGGCGUUGGAGAAGAGGCUCAGGCGAGAGAAAGAAGAGAAGCGACGCAAGUUACUGGAGGCUGCAAGGGCAAGAGGGCGAUGAAUUUGUUCUUCUUUGUCUGUCAGGGCUCAGCCCGUGUGGACAGUACAAGCAUCGGUCAACGGUGUCGAGCUGUUGGAGACACUAUUCAUGCAGAUGACAGUUACGUAUUUCCGGCCAGGGAUCUCGGCGUUCGUUAUUGUGGCGUUGGCAGGAAAGACAGGCAGGGCCAUCCAAAGGCAUAGCAUUAGCAUACAGCGUUGUUUUCAUCUUAUCUGUUAAUAAUUUGCAUAAGCGGCGUCUGUAAAUAGGCCUUCUAGUACCUAGGUAGGUAUGGAGUAUGCAGUUAAGCAAUUUCGAAUGUACCUGAGCUCUG